GUCGCUGUCUAAGGAAAAGAAAGAAAAUUCAAAAUUCAUGGUUUGGCUCUAACGUUAUUAUUAAUCCCAAUCACAACAACAACAACAAAAUCACCCAUACAACAAAAACGCCCAACAUCGCAACAAAUUUUUAAUGACAACAUCAUCAACAACUGCCACAAUAACAAGAAGAAAAAUUUGGUUUACAUGGCAUUUUGUUUUUUCUUAAAGAAAUUUUGUAUUCCAAAUUUUUUCUCAAAAUUCAAAAUUUCCUAUCGAAAAUAACAAAAAGCUUCAGUUGACAACAAGGGCAACGGCAAAGAAAACUAUUUUGAAUUAGUUUGGAUUUUUGGCCCUUUUGCCUCAUUGGGAUUUGGAAUUUUUUUUUUGUUUUGUUUUUUUCGGAAAAACUUUCGGUAUCCCACACAAAACAAAAAAAACAAAAAGAGCUCACACAUCAUGGACCCGCAACAACAGUUUUGCCUCAAAUGGAAUUCAUAUUCAUCAAAUUUGGCCAUUACAUUUUCAAAUUUAUUCAAAUCGGACUUGCUGGCAGAUGUGACAUUAUCAUGUGAUGGCACCGUAUUCAAAGCUCACAAAUUAAUAUUGGCGGCAUGUUCGAAGAAAUUCGCCGAUCUUUUCGAAACCACACCCACAAACGGACAAUGUGUUGUCAUAUUGGAGGCUACAUCCUCCGACAAUAUGGCCGCAUUGCUGGAAUUUAUGUACAAAGGCGAAGUGCAUGUCUCACAAGAGGCUCUAAAUAGUUUUCUUAAAUCUGCCGAAAAUUUACAGGUCAAAGGUUUGUCCACAGAAACCGGCCGCUUGGCUGCCCAACAGGCUCAACAACACAUAGAAUCCUCUUCGAUCUUGGAUUCACCGACGGGUCGACGCAGCAUACGCAACAGUAUAAGUGGUGGCAGCGGCGGUGGUAAUAGCAGUCUAAGCGCUUCUGGCUUGGGCGUAGGCAAUAUAAACAGUUCUGCCGGUGGCAUUAAUGCACCGGGCGGCGGAGGAGGCGGUGGUUUGGGUUUAGCAGAUCGCUGUCCUAGUACCGGUGGUGGUAUUAUCGCCGGCCCACCCGGCUCAGCUGGUGCUUUGGCAAAUAAUAAUAACAAUAAUGUUGGUGGUUCUGCCGCUGGUCUAGGUAGUGGUGCUGGCGCCGCUCACCAUCUCGGUAGUUCUACCGGUAGUUUAAAACAAGAAUGCGAUUCACUAAUGCAUCCAAGUAGCUCAACAUUGGGAGCUAUGCCCUCAUAUGUGCCGCCCAUGUAUCGCCCCAUCUCGUAUGAACCUUUGCGCAAGCGUGCCCUCCGUAGUCCAUAUGCCGAACAGGAAGUGCGUGGCAGCGUUUUGAGAGAUGGCUCUAAAAAUCCUUCCGAGUGUCCCAGUCCAAUAAGUAAACCUCCGUAUCAUCGACCAUCGUCAAGUGCAUCAUCGACGGCACCCACCGAGGCGGACACAAUGCAUUCAGAGCGAGCCUCGCCACAGUCAAGCCGCUAUGAUAAUCACAGUCCCAGCACUACAGGUGGCAAUGGCAAUGGUAGCAGCGGCAUGGAUAGAUCGGUGAAAAUGGAACGCAAUAAUGGCAGUACAAAAGAGGCUAAUAACGAUGAAGAGCAUGAUGAUUUGGAUGAUCCAAGAGAGAACUGUGCCGAAGAUUUACGAGUAAAAUUGGAGAAUUCCAAUUACUCACCUCCGCCACCACCCACCUCAAAUACCUCACCCACCACGCCGACGGCUCUAUUGGAGAGUCUGAAAAAUGCCGAUGGCAGUUUGCCCGGCAGUUUAGCGGCUUCAAUAGCACCCGCCGAUAUGUUAAAUGUUUGGAAUGCAACCAAGUUGAAUAACAAAAACAGUGGCAUGGUGAACACAGCCGAUGGCAAAAAACUUAAAUGUUUAUACUGCGAUCGCCUGUAUGGGUAUGAGACAAAUUUGCGGGCCCACAUAAGACAACGUCAUCAAGGUAUACGCGUUCCCUGUCCCUUCUGUUCGCGCACGUUCACCAGAAACAAUACAGUACGCCGUCACAUCGCCCGAGAACACAAACAGGAGAUUGGCUUGAGUGCCGGAGCCACCAUUGCCCCAGCUUCGGUGGCCGCGGCUGCAGCGGCGGCCGCUAAUCAUUCACAAUAGGAUGCGGCCGCAACAGCGGCGGCAGCAGUAGUUAUGAGUGCGCAAAAAGAGGCUAAACAACGUAAACGUAAAUCAUUGAAAAUGGCAUUGGAGAAAUGCAUGCAACGCCGAGAUGCCGGGGUGGUGGCAACCACAGCAGCAGCCACCUCAACGGAACAGCAGGCUCCGUUGCUAACCAUUUCGACGACCAUGACAGCAGUUUCUGCUACCACCACCAUCACCACCAACGCAACACCGUUAACAUCAACAAGUACAAGUACACCUUUUGUAAAUGCUUCCAAAACAAAUCCAUCCAUGCCACCCAUGCCGUCUUUGGAGGUUACCAAAGCUGGCAGGCAUAGCAGCAGCCAUGAAAUGGAUACCCUGGAAACCACUGAAACCGAGACAUCUCUGGAUACCUCGGCCGAGGUGGGAGCUUCCGAUUUGGGAGAAUCUAGGGUGGAUGAUGAUGAGGAUUUGGAAUCCGAAGAAUCCCUAAGUGAUCGCAAUGUAACCAAAGAAAAUGCUAAGGAUUCACUAGAGGAUAAACCCUUGGAUUACACCAGCAGCAACAGGGAUGUUGAAAAAGCUGCAGUUUUGGAGCAAACAGCUGUGGUGGUAAAGAAUAUGCAAAUCGAUUUGGCCAAAGUGAAAACGGAAAUGCAAGAAGAGGAAGCGGAAGCGGAAGUAGUAGACAAAGCCAACAAUGAUGACAACAAACAGCAGGAAAUCAACUCAGCCUCUACAAUGGAAUAAAACGCAAUUUUUCAAGUUUUAAGAGUCAGCACUCAAGAUUUAAACUCGCCUUAAAAUAGGCACUACUUUUCGCCAGAGUUUAAACAUACAAACAAACUACUGUUGCAGCCACUGUUGCCAAGGAAUGUUAUGAAAAUAAAAAAACUAAAAAAUUAUAAGGAAUUUGCCAAAAAAAUUGGGAAGGCAAAUUCAAGGGUCAAUGCGACACCAAAACGCCAAAAUUAAAACACACAAAAAUGUUCUAAACUAAAGCCUAAAAGCAAACAGUUUAUCUUUAUGCGAAAGAAACAAGAAAAACAAACAACAAA